AUGGAUCCCCAGAGGAGUAUCUUCCGUGACCUGUCAAACUUCACCAGUGACUUUGAACCCCACAAUGUGGAUACGGACUUUGCAAACAGCUCGCUCACCAACUCCUCCCACGUCCACAGCGCUCCACACAACCUCUGGGAGGCAAUCGCUAUAGCUACAGUGUCUGCCAUCGUCAGCCUCAUUACUGUUGUUGGCAACGUACUGGUAUUAGUUUCUUUCAAAGUCAACAGCCAGCUCAAGACGGUCAACAAUUACUAUUUGCUGAGUUUAGCCUGUGCUGAUCUCAUCAUCGGAGUGUUGUCUAUGAAUUUGUACACUACAUACAUCUUAAUGGGGUAUUGGUCUUUGGGAAAUAUAGCGUGCGAUUUGUGGUUGGCAGUGGAUUAUGUCGCGAGCAAUGCCUCGGUUAUGAACCUGCUCGUCAUCAGUUUCGACAGGUACUUUUCCAUUACACGGCCACUGACGUACAGGGCCAAGCGGACUCCUAAGAGAGCCGCCAUUAUGAUAGGGAUGGCAUGGACAGUGUCAUUUGUGCUAUGGGCUCCUCCCAUUCUUUGCUGGCAGUACUUUGUUGGCGAGCGCACUGUGCAGCAUGACCAGUGCCAGAUUCAGUUUUUGACAGAGCCUGUGAUCACGUUCGGCACCGCCAUCGCCGCUUUCUACAUCCCCGUUUCUGUUAUGACCAUCCUGUACUGCCGCAUCUACAAAGAAACUCAAAAACGGACUAAGGAUUUGGCUGAGUUGCAGGGAUUGACCAGUGAGAGCGUCCAGGAGGGGACCAGAACUCAAAAGAAACUAAUUCAUUCGUGCUUCCAGUUCCAUCGUGAGAAAGCAGAACGCAGCCAAGCCUCCUGGUCGUCUUCCAACCAAAGCAACGCCACCAAAACCACCACGCGCUCGGACGAGGCAUGGACUAAAUCCGAACAGGUGACCACCUCCUUCAACAGCUACACUUCCUCUGAGGAAGACGAGCAUCAUGUGUCCAUAGAUACGCCGCACGGCUCCUUCAAAGACCAAACACAAAGCAGCAAGAACGGGCAAGUAGCCGACUACGGAGGGGACGAGCCAUACUUCUCCUCGCCUUCCAAAAGAAACGGGAAAAAGGGCAUUGCAUACAGGUUCAAACUGGGAUCUAAAGGGAAAGGUCCUCCCAGUCGCGACCCGUCUCCGAGCAAGACUGAGACAGAGGUGGUAGCCAAAAGUAAUCCCUCGCCAUCCUCUUCCACCACUUCCAAACCUGUAGAUCCCAUCAUGAAGAACCAAAUUACCAAGAGGAAACGAAUGGUGCUUGUGAAGGAGAAGAAAGCAGCCCAGACCUUGAGUGCGAUCCUGCUGGCGUUCAUACUGACGUGGACGCCAUACAACAUCAUGGUUCUGAUCUCCACCUUCUGCGGCGAGUGCAUCCCAACCUGGCUGUGGCACCUGGGCUACUGGCUGUGCUACGUCAACAGCACCAUCAACCCCAUGUGCUACGCUCUGUGCAACAAGACGUUCCAGAAGACGUUCAGGAUGCUGCUGCUGUGCCAGUGGAGGAGGAGGAGGCGCAACGACAAAAUCUACUGGGGAGGACAGAACGCACAUGUCAACAAAGUCACUUGA